GCUUCAGGGAGGCCCCGCCCCUUCCGCUCCACUUCCGGGUGGAACGGGAUGAGGUCUCGGCGGUUGAUGUGGCUGCCUGUUGCUGUGGUAACGGGGCCUCGUGGCGGCGCCAUGGACAGCCGCGGGGCGCAGAUAUAAAGAUUUGAACUUGAAGAUGGAAAUGUAUGACAACCUUGGAAAAGUGGGAGAAGGGAGUUAUGGAACGGUGAUAAAGUGCAAGCACAAGGAAACGGGACAGAUAGUAGCAAUUAAAAUAUUCUAUGAGAAACCAGAAAAAUCUGUCAACAAAACUGCUAUGAGAGAAAUAAAGUUUCUAAAGCAGUUUCAUCAUGAAAACCUGGUCAACCUCAUUGAAGUAUUUAGACAGAAAAAAAAAAUUCAUUUGGUGUUCGAAUUUAUUGAUCAUACAGUUUUAGAUGAGGUGCAGUGUUACAGCCAUGGAUUGGAUAAUAAAAGACUUAAAAGAUACCUCUUUCAGAUCUUUCGAGCAGUUGGGUAUCUCCACAGCAACAAUAUCAUACACCGUGAUAUCAAACCUGAGAAUGUUUUAGUGUCACAGAAUGGAAUCAUUAAACUUUGUGAUUUUGGCUUUGCUCGGACAUUGGCUGCUCCUGGUGACAUUUAUACUGAUUAUGUGGCUACGCGAUGGUACAGGGCUCCAGAACUGGUAUUAAAAGAUACUGUGUAUGGAAAACCUGUGGACAUCUGGGCUUUAGGUUGUAUGAUCAUUGAAAUGGCCACUGGGAAUCCCUAUCUGCCUAGCAGUUCUGACCUAGACCUACUUCAUAAAAUUGUGACUAAAGUAGGCAAUUUGACACCUCAUCUUCAGAGUGUUUUUAUAAAGAACCCAGUUUUUUCAGGGGUGGUCCUCCCUGAAGUCCAGCACCCAAAAAAUGCAAGGAAAAAGUACCCCAAACUUGGUGCAUUACUGGCAGAUAUGGUUCAUGCAUGCUUACAAAUAGAUCCAGCUGAUAGGAUCUCAUCAACAGAUCUGCUGCAGCAUGACUAUUUUACUAGAGAUGGAUUUAUUGAAAAAUUCUUAGCAGAAUUGAAAGCCAAAUUAUUACAAGAAGUCAAAUUAAAUUCUCCGUCAAAACUCAGAGAGAAUAAUAAAGAGACUGAACUGAUAAAAGAUGAUGUUCAUUUCAUGGAGAAUGGUCCAGUGGUUGUGAAGUAUCUUUUCCAGGAUAUUGAAAAGGACAAAAAACCCAAGGGUGUAAAGGUAAAGGGUGCUAAGGUGAAAGGAAGGAAACAGGAGAUUCCAGAGAUGAAAAAGACUGAUCAAGAAGAUGCAAUGACUCAGUGGACCGAUUCCUCACAGAUUCCUCUGAGUUUCCCUCAAGAGAGUAAACCUAUGAUUGCUGAUGCAACAGCUAGUAAUGAUCCUAGCAUCAUGAAGGAAGAUCCUUCACCUGUGGUGCUUUGUGCAACAAUGCCUCGCAUCAAUCCAGUAUGUGGGAACCUUAUUGCUGCAAACUUCAAUUCACACUUCCCCCAUUCCAAUACAAGGACAUUCAGCACUGGACUGACGAAUUAUUUUGUAUAUAAAACUACUGAUUUGAAUAGGCUUCCUGAAAAAGCAAAGAAAAGGAGGAGCCCUUGGCAGCCAAUGGGACAGACUGGUCCAAACACCAGGCAAGAUGAUGGACCUGUGACUCAAACUCCAAUAGAAAAUGUCACGCUAUAUGAUCCAGCUUCUCAGACUGAUACAAUAGUCAACACAUACCGAAAGAAACGUAAUAUUUCUAAAUCUGAGAAAAGAGACUUUCACUUCCCAGAGCUGCCAAUAACACCACAGCAAAAGGAUCUCAAAGGAAUGGAAGUUAAACAGGUAAAAGUGUGGAAGAAGGAAUCAAGAAAAUCUGAAGUAUCUAAAAUACCAUCUUUACUAAAUGUGGAUCAGAAUCCAGAAAAGCAAGAGGUCACUGGAGCCACUAGGAAAGCUGUUAGAUCAUCACUACCUGGCUGAAUACAGGGUUACCUUUUAUUCCUUGCUUUUGUCUUUCUCCCAAACUGUUAAGACUACAAUAAACAGGAGGACUUCAGACUUCCUCAUACUGUCCAUGCAAAUCAGUAGCUUCAGCAUCUAAAAUCUGUAAAUACUGAACCAGCAAAUGCUUUCUGGGAUGCCCUUCCUCCAGUAUGUGUUGGGAGAUGAAACCACCUUAUAAGGUCCCUAAUUUUCCUUGUCUUUAUACCGCAUAGGAGACAAGUAAAAAAGAAAACUUGGCAAUAAAAUAUUUAGUGAAAAGAAACCAAACAAG